CUGUCCUUUGGAAGCUUGGGGUGUGGGUCUGUGUUCCCAAGUGGGUCCCUCCCUGCCGCCACCCGUCACGCGUCACCCGAUGCUGUCGUGGUGGGCAGCUGGAGCAAGUGCGGCGGAGCGAUGGCGGAGCUGUGUUUGGGAAGACAAAGAUACAACUCACUUCACCUCGGAAUCCUCCUCACAGUGUUUGUCUUGGUUUUCUUUGGCUAUGGGUUCCUGAGCCACAGAAGUCAGGAAUUUGGAGACUCAGAGGCUGUGUCUAGGAAGACCCAUGCCCAGCCAAAUGUUCUGACACCCAGUAGAGAAGAUGUCCUUGUCUUGACUCCCUGGCUGGCUCCCAUCAUCUGGGAGGGGACCUUCAACAUCGACAUCCUGAAUGAGCAGUUCAGGCUUAAGAACACCACCAUUGGACUGACCGUGUUUGCCAUCAAAAAGUAUGUGGUGUUCCUGAAACUGUUCCUGGAGACAGCAGAGCAGCACUUCAUGGUGGGACACAAGGUCAUCUACUAUGUCUUCACUGACCGCCCUGCCGAGGUGCCGCAGGUGCCCCUGGGGGCAGGACGGAAGCUGGCGGUGCUGACUGUGCGCAACUACUCCCGCUGGCAGGAUGUGUCCAUGCACAGGAUGGAGAUGAUCAGCCACUUCUCUGAGCGGCGCUUUCUGCAUGAGGUGGAUUACCUGGUGUGUGCAGACGUGGACAUGAAGUUCCAAGACCACGUGGGUGUGGAGAUCCUCUCCGCACUCUUCGGCACCCUGCAUCCUGGCUUCUACAGAAGCAGCAGAGAGGCCUUUACCUACGAGCGCCGGCCGAAGUCCCGGGCCUACAUCCCCCGGGACGAGGGUGACUUUUAUUACAUGGGGGCCUUCUUUGGGGGGUCAGUGGUGGAUGUGCACCAUCUCACCAAGGCCUGCCAUCAGGCUAUGGUGGAGGACCAGGCCAAUGGCAUCGAGGCCGUGUGGCAUGAUGAGAGUCAUCUGAACAAGUACCUGCUGUCCCACAAGCCUACAAAGGUGCUGUCCCCAGAGUACAUGUGGGACCAGCAGCUGCUGGGCUGGCCCUCCGUCAUGAGGAAGCUCAGAUACGUGGCUGUGCCCAAGAACCACCAGGCGAUCAGGAACAGAUAGCUGGAUUCCUACCGGAGAGUCCAGGCUUAUAUCCUGGGUCACUCCAGGCUGUGUGGAACUGGAAGAAUUUGAGAGACAUUAAUAAAGGGUCGCCUUCUACCCCACUUCACUUCAGGGUCUAACAGCCCUGGUACCAACCACUUGGAUUACCACGCUGUGAGGCCCUGAAGUGACAGUCACCUUCAGCUCCCACUGUGCCCUAAACUCCUUCUCAGUGAGUUGCUAGCCAGUGCUUCCAGAACAUGGGGGAAAUUCUGUCAUGCAGUUACCUGAGGGCCUGGGCACCCCCACUCAGCCUGUCCCUUCCUCUGCUGAGAGACUUGGCAAAUGGCCAGUGCCCUUAGGAAUAGGCAGGAGGGCAUGGAGCCUGAGAGCCUGCAGGCCUCAGAGGUGCUUAGCUCCUGUUUAGCCCAGCUGGCAGGCCAGCAACUUCUGCUCAUUUUUGGUUUGUUCAUAUUUGGGAAUAGCUAGUUAUUCAUCCUGGGAAUAAGUAUAUUUCUAGGUGAUGUUGGAAGUUUUUAAUUUUCUUUUAAUUUUUUAAAAUUUAUUUGUUUAUGUAUUUUUUUAAAGGUCUGAAUGCUCUGUCUGCAUAUACGCCUGCAGGCCAGAAG